UGCAAUAUAUUUGUAACAAAAAUAAAAAAAAUUCGGCCAAAACGUAACCUGGUCAUUCACAUCGGACCUGUUUCCGAAAAGCUAUUUCUCUCCUCCCCAUCCUACCACAGCGCCGCCCAUUCGCCCAGCGCUCUUCCCUCACCGACAGGCGACACCGGCGGCCGUCCCACAGGCCACAGGUCCCCCACGGCCCCACCGUCAUCGCGCCGCGCGCCCACUACGAGAAGCUGAAAGGUGAAGCUUGUGGAGUUGCUACUUUGUCAUGGUGAAUGCGACCAGAGGACUCUUAAUUUCGUGCGACAUACCCAUGGCGCAGUUUAUCAUCAGUAUGAACAAUUCCAAGCCAUCAAACCAGAAAUUCAUAAUACAUGUCCUUGAUGAUACUCACCUGUUUGUGCAGCCUCAUGCAACUGAAAUGAUAAGGAUCGCCAUUGCUGAAUUCAGAGAGGCAAAUACUUAUGAAAAACCUGCUUGAUACAACUCGUUGCUAUUCUAACCCUUUGUGAGAAUUUCUGUUUUUAAUUCUACUCAAGUGCUAAUGCGACGUAGUAUGUUUUUAUUUUCAGGCAUUGUAUUCUGUUUCAGAAAUUUUAUACGAAAUAUUGGGUUAAUAUAUGGAGUAAAUUUUAUUUACAAGCAUGUCAGUUAUUAUUUUAAUGAUGUAAAAGAGAGAAAAAGAAUGACUUAGACCCUGUUCUUUUGGACUUAAUUGCAUUUUCAUUCAGUUUAACUUAA